AUGAGCACUGGAAAGGACAUUCCGUGGGUCGAAAAGUAUCGCCCAAAAAAGCUCUCUGAUGUCGUUUUCCAGACCCAGGCAGUUUCAAUCAUGGAGCAAAUCAUAGAGACCUUUAACAUGCCUCAUAUGAUAUUCCAUGGACCACCCGGUACCGGAAAGACCUCUGCAGCUCUCGCCAUGGCGAGACAGAUUUACGGAGCGGAAGGAAUGAGGGAGCGUGUCUUGGAGUUGAAUGCUUCGGAUGAGAGAGGAAUUGACGUUGUUAGAGACCGCAUAAAGACUUAUACUAGGAUUAACAUUUCAAACAACAAGAUUAACCCAGAGACAAAGAGAGUCAUGCCAAAUUAUAAAAUGAUCAUUCUGGAUGAAGCAGACAUGAUUACAUCGGAUGCCCAGGCUGCUUUACGUCGUGUUAUAGAGAAUUAUUCAAAUAUCUCGCGUUUCAUCCUAAUUUGCAAUUAUCUUCACAAGAUCAUCGGACCCAUAUAUUCGAGAUGUUCUGCGUUUCACUUUAAGCCAAUUGAGCAAAAUUCACAAGUCGAUAGACUUGAAUAUAUUUGUAAGCAGGAGGGGAUUGCAUACACUACCAGUGCUCUGCAAUUCCUUACCAAAAUUUCACAAGGGGAUAUGAGAAAGAGCAUUACAAUUCUUCAGGUAUGUUUAAUGAGUACAUCUUUGGUGGAUUGA